CUCCAUCUUCUGCCAGGGAGAGUGAAAAAAGGGCAGUGUGCGUCGAUACUUAUCUCUAUCGGGAAGAAUAACGUGGAAUCAAGCAACUUAACGUGCUCGCGCUCCAAGAUCUCCCACCACGUUUCCACACUCCAUCCGGACAGCUAUCGCCAUCAUCCACUGCUCGCCCACCCAUCACUCCCCAGUGCGAGUUUUUGAAGCGCCACUUGCGCUGCUCUAGAUCGCAACGUACAUACGGAGCCUCUUUUUCGUUCCUUGGACGUGCGCAAGGUACGUGUGUCUUUUGUUACUGCACAACUUCGGCCAAAGAAACAGGCUUUCCUGUGCAAUCAACAUAAAACCCAUUUCGACGAGUCUCCGUUCAUCAUGUCCCUUCCGCCACCUCCAGGUCUCCAACAGCAACCGUCUCAACCCCUGUCCUCGAAACCACCUCCGUCCACGUCUCUCCCCGCACGACCGCCCCCUACUGCUUCUUACCAGCCAACCGGUGCGCCGGGGGUAGCCAAUACUGCUUCGACUACUUCUGCUCCUAGACCCGGCGCCGGAUACAAUUCGCUCACAGCUUUUCAACCCCGUACCGUAACUACCGGCCAAUCUUUCCGCACUCACAGCCCUAAUGUCUCUGCGUCUCCAGCUGGCUACCAGCACCAUCACCAACCCCAUGUCCAGCAAUACUCGCGACCGCCCUAUGGGCAACCCAACAUAACCUACUACGGACAGCAACAGCAGCACUAUCAAAAUCAACACCAACCUUCACAGCAACACCAAGCGGUAGGCGCUUACGGUCAGCCGGGUGUCCCCCUCAUUCAAAAUCCCUUCCCUUAUCCAUCCCAGCCACCAAACAAUGCUUACAGCGGAGCUGGAAGAGGGUAUCACCGCCAAACCGCGGGCUCAGGCCUCGACCCGGACACCGAAGCGCAAAUAGCUCAAUGGCAGAGCGCGUACAUGGGUAAGGAGAGCAUCGAAGCCGCACAAGCCGCAGCAAAUACCGCCAGCGGCAAAGGCGCAUCGGGCGCCACUGGCGCCAACGCGGGGCCACUGGGAACCGUCCAACGCACACACGACGCUGCAGCGUCAGCGGCGCCAUCCAGCGGUCCGCAGACGACUUCAUCCACGCCUAUACCGCCAGGUGCAACCGCAGCGAUAGGCACAGCUGCAGGCGCAACCGCAGGUGCAGCCGAACCGGCCAAAACUGUCGUCCGCUCCGGCGGCGGCCAGAGCUGGACAGACUCCACGCUUCUCGAAUGGGACCCCGCACACUUCCGCCUCUUCGCGGGCAACCUCGCCGGCGAAGUGACGGACGACUCUCUCCUGAAGGCGUUCUCGAAGUACCCCUCCGUGCAGAAGGCGCGGGUGAUUCGCGAUAAGCGCACGGAGAAGAGUAAAGGGUAUGGUUUUGUGAGUUUUAGCGAUGGGGAGGAUUAUUUCCGGGCUGCGAGGGAGAUGCAAGGGAAGUAUAUUGGAUCGCAUCCCGUUUUGCUGAGGAGAGCUAUGACAGAGAUCCGACCCGUGGCGGCGUCGAAGGUUGGGGGGGUGGGGGGCAAGGGGGGUGGGAAGAAACGUGGAGGGGGGAGUGCUGGAGGUGGAAAGGGUGUUGGCAGUGCUGGAGGCGGCGGCGGCGGAGGCGGUGGUGGUUCGAAAGUCAUCGAUGGUGGGAUACAGAAAAAGCAAGGGAGGACGAAGGGUGGCUUGAGGGUUCUUGGAUAAUACGCCCGUACUUACUUGUUUUCUGUGUUUCUUCCUUGUGCUGUGUUUUGUCGUUGAUAUUUUGGCGAGUCAAUUCAAGUUUUGGAUGGUUUAUGUAUUCAUCUAUUCCCCUUUCCCUCGCUCGUGGUUUCCUUUUAUUCGUGGGUAUAAGCUCUCUAGAAUACUCGAUACAAAGCGCAUGGAAUUUUGUGUGCUGUUUAACUAAUAAAUUGUCUUCGAGACCUUUCCC